AUGGCAGACGCUAACAUCUCCAUCCAAAGCAUUAAUGAAACGGAGACGGAUCUACAGAGGACACUAGAGGAUAACAGGCCCGUUAAAAUCGCAAUAAUAUCAGUUUUGGGGGUGAUGAUAACUUUGAGCAACAUCGCGGUGGUGAUGGUCAUAACUUCGGCUGUAUCGGGAUGGUCGAGAAACUCCCGAUAUUUCCUUUUGUCGUUAACCGGAGCCGAUUCCGCAUUCGGGCUGCUUAUCAUGCCCCUGAAUCUUUGCGUGAGUUUCAUGAAGGAAUACAACGAGGGCCCGGACCCUUUCUGUCACGUCGUGGCGUUUUUCAACGCGACCAUCUAUUCCACCUGCAUGUAUACGCUCGCGACCAUCAGUCUGGAGAGAUACGUCGCCGUAUUUUACCCUCUGAAGUACUCCACGCUGCUUACGCGGAAAAGAGCGCUGCUUUUGAUCUCGUUUGCAUGGAUAUUCCCACCCGUCCUCCUCGUGCCCAUCUCCGUUCCCGCUGGGAUCAUUGAAGUUUCCUUCUCUAGAGCGUCGCUCGUGUGCAACCCCAUGUACUCCAGCAACGUCUCGUACUCUCUCACUUUGACGUGCUUCAUCUUCUUCCCGUGCUCGGCCAUCAUGACCUUCUGUAACCUCAGACUCUGGAUAGCCGCUAAGAGACAGAGGUUAAAGCUGAGGAAACACCGCUGGGGUGGAGGAUACAGACCUAAAGUCGCCUUACGUGUGCUCGUGCCAGUCAUGACUGUUUACUUCACCUGCUGGACCCCAUGUAUGGUCAUCAUGCUGUACAAUGCCAUUUCAGGCAGUGGCGUCCCAGAGUGGAUAGAGUUUAUCGCUGUGUGGCUGCCGACCUCCAAUGGCUUCCUCAAUUGUAUCUUCUACUUCUGGAUCAACCAUAGCUUUAGAAAGAAAUUUCAUGUGCUCCUUCAGAGACUUUGUCUAGGACUUUGUCCAGGCGCUGACACAGAUUCUGGUUGCGUCAACUCGGCAGAGUCUUCUGUGGCUCCUGGAUGGAGCAGCAACUACUCUCUUCAUGAGCGUUUUUCUAGCGUGUCGUCCAACUGCACUCUGCUCACGCUCAUGACCACUGAGACCAUCAUCCGUGAGCCGGAACCUGCUUGAGAAACCAAUAUACUUAAUGAACUGACUUUUUAAGAGCUGGAGCUGAGGUGUCAAAUGCCGUGGACGUGUCAAGAUCGGGAAAGAGAAUAAUGUUAUUUUUAAUCGUAGGUUAUCAUAAAUGCUUUUUUCUCCAUAUCUUUGUUCUUUUUUAGUUUCAUGGCUUUUGGUGCCUUUUUACUUUUUGAUGGCACUAUCUCUCAUAUUUACUUUAAUGUAUUAGCGUCUCAGAAAUGUCAUGUUUACUAACAGAUAGGUAUUGCGUUGUUAAUUUGCCGAUCAAAGUUGAACGCAAGAGAGCCUUUGAAACGUGUUCCACAUUUUCUUAUCUAACAAAUCCAAUAUCAAGCAACUGAGGAAGGCUAACCUUUAAUUCUCAGUCAUGCAGUUUAUGCAGAAUGGAUUGUAAUUAACCAGGUAAUGUAAAGGUCAGACCAGCGAUGCCUUUUGGCUUAUACAUUUUCAUAUCAUGACAUUUUUUUUUUGGCAAACAUGAAUUUUAUAUUUCCAUCUUAGUAGGUCUUUUUUGCUACGUUUUGUGCGUUCUCUAUCCACUCAGGAACAUUGUAUUACCUGCAAAACCAAGUUCAUAUAUGUAAAAAGAUUACCACAAAAAUGUAUUGGUGGCGUGAAGUGGGCUGAAUGAAAGCAGUCGUGUUCAGAGGGUGAAUUAUGUAAAAGCACUUCUUGUUGACUGUGUUGCAAAAUCAUACUGUAAAUGUUCAUUUUAAGUUCGUUUUAGCCUAAGCACUUGUUAAAGAAUAUUAAUUUCGUGAAGGGAAAAGAAUUUCAUUCCUUUGUGGUGGAGGUGUACAUAAGAGCAUUCAUAUGUAGGCUGUUAAUGGAAGUAUUAUACAGCCAGAAUAUGUGAUUGAAGUUAUCUGUAUGUAAAUAAUAAUAUAAUUUUUAUACUGUUUAUAAAUGUUUAUUGUAAUAUGUUAAGACUUCAAUUUG